AUGGAUGGAGACGAAGAGACGAUCAACAUACAGAUCUACGUGCCUGAGAUUCAAGUUCGGAAAUGUCUGACCGUCAGCCUCGACGACUUCGUGUGGGAUGUGAAACGAAAAUUGCUUGCCACUUUACCUCAGGGCAUCACAAAUGAUGUUGCAGAUCCAGCGUUCUUUGAGCGAGACAAGGCACUCCCGCAGGCCUUCAACUACGGGCUUUUUCUGCCACCAUGCGAUGGUCGAGCCGGCAAAUUCCUUCUUGAAGACCGUGUCGUCCGCGACUAUCCCUUCCAUGACUGCGUUCCUUACUUAGAGCUCAAGUACAAAAAACGGGUCUACAAAAUGCUGAACCUCGACGAGAAGCAUUUGAAGAGCAUGCAUAGUAAGGCAACGCUCAAGAAGUUUAUGGACUAUGUGCAGUCGAAAAACGCAGAGAAAGUGGAAAAGCUUUGCGCGCAGGGACUCGAUGCGAACUUCCACGAUGCACAGGGUGAGACUCCAUUGACGUUAGCGGCCGGAGUACCGUCGAAUCGAGCAGUGCUCGUCGCUCUCGUGGGAGGUGGCGCACACAUCGAUUUUCGCAAUUCUGAGGGUCAAACAGCAAUGCACAAGGCAGCGUUCCUGUCAUCCUGUGAAAACGUUAAAGCACUUUUGGAGUUGGGGGCAUCACCCAACUACCGCGACCCCAUCGGACUCACACCCCUCUACUACAACAUGCUUACCACGGAUUCAAAUGAUCAGGUGGCUGAGAUGUUGCUGAAGGAGGCCUCGGAUCUGGGCGUGACGGAUAUGCAUGGAAAUCAUGAGAUACACCAGGCUUGCAAAAACGGUUUGGCUAAACACAUUGAGCAUCUUCUCUUUUAUGGCGCUGUCGUUGAUGCGGAAAAUGUGAACGGCAACACUCCCCUACACGUCUGCUCUGUCAACAAUCGGCCUGAUUGCGCACGAGUUCUUCUAUUUCGUGGCGCAAAUCAUCUGGCUGUGAACAAGCAAGGGCAGACAGCUUUGCACGUCGCCCACAUUGUCGGUACGACGGCUGUAGCCGAAGUCAUUGCUUCACAUAAUCCGUCUGCUAGCGUGCCCUAUCGUGGGACCCCGCAAUAUUCGACCCGGAGACGUCUUACCUCCAGUCUAUCCAAACGUCGAUCACUCAGCCAAUCAUCGAUUUACAGUCAAGACAUCUACGGUACUCCACAGUCACAGAGGAGCAAACCGCCUCAGCCUGCGCCCUCACCGACACCGUCACGCAUAAGUCGCUCCACCGUCACUCCGUCAGAAUACGGCACGAUGCGUCGAUUUACGCCUGCUAUGGCUCCGGGACAUGAAGCGAACGUGCCUCGCAUCCUCGUGAUUCCUAGGGGACCUAAAGGAUUUGGUUUCAUUCUCAGAGGGGCGAAACAUGUGGCGUCUCCAAUGGAUUUCGAGCCUUCGCCGUUAUCACCUGCUCUCCAGUUCUUCGAAGGAGUGGACAUGUCCGGAAUGGCCAUGAGGGCAGGAUUGAGACCAGGUGAUUAUCUGUUGGAGAUUGAUGGCAUUGAUGUGAGGUGUGCGAGUCACGAGCAAGUAGUACAUCUGAUUCAACAAGCCGGUGUUACCAUAACCCUCAAGGUGAUCACUGUAGACCCGUCUUCGCUGUCUAUGGCUGCUACUGCAACGGUGUCCAGACCUCGAUCAGGAGGGAACGAAGAGUACUACUCCCCCGCACAACUGCGCUCCAAUUACGCAGAAACCCAUUGCGCAUCAGUAAAACAAAGGCACGGAGGAGGUCGACGAAUCUCGGCAGCUGAACUGGAAAGUCUAAUGAUACGGCAAGGGGAGCGUCACACUUACCAACCUAUACCUUAUGACCAGGAAUCCAUUUCAUCGCAGACCCCGAAGAAAUACAAUUCCGUUUCGGAUAUGAAGAGAAGAAAACAGCGAACGGCACCGUCGCCUCAAGGUCUUCAACGAUCAUAUGAUUAUCAGACGUAUUCGAGUUCCCCAGACAUCCCUCAUAUGAACUCGUUUGAGCUCGCCGAAGACGAAACUUCUUCAACAACGUCUCAAAGCGAUGAUCGACUUGGGUAUGGGAAUUCCCAAAGUGCUGGUUACUUCCAGUCAGGAAGCGACUAUUCCAGACCGUACCGUCCCGCUUUUCGACCAAAAACACCACCUCCACCACCUCCACCUCCCCCUCCUCAAUCGUCCAUACCACAAAAUUCAAGUCCACAACGGUUAGUUUGUACGAGCUCAAACAUUGUACCUCCUCCUCCGCCACCUCCACCUCCGAAUCUGUUGAAGAUUCAAACUUCAUCCACUUCAUCCACUUCAUCCACAGGGGUUACAAAGGCUGGCAUAUCAGUGGAAGCCCUCCGCUCGGUAUCUUUAAAGAAAGCGGAGCCGGAGGAGAAGAAGCCCUCGAUACAGGUUGGCUUAUCGACGAAUGGAUCAGCUGAUUUCCAAGCUGACUUGAGGAAUGCCCUGGCAAAGCGGAGGAGCAAGGUAGCUCUUGAGCAGGACGAAGAAGAAAAAAGCGAUGUUGAUGGUCGGUUUGGCGGCUUGUCUCUUCGAGAGACAGUGAGAGAAAACGUUCCGACGAAAGACGUCAAGCAACAUUCGCCGCCAGGAAUAGCGAACAAAAAAGACAGCGGGUAUACAUCUUCGAGAACCUCUUUGGAGCCGUCAGAAUACGGCGAGGAGCGCACCGAAGUGAAUGCCCAUCGACCACACUUUACCGUCGAUACUUCCACCUCGCGGCACAACGUGACCAUCAUCAGUCAGAACAUUGAGGACAAUUACGGUGCUCGGAAGAACAUUGAUAACAUGUCAGUGUCAUCUACACUGAGUACGCUGUCGGGCUGUUCUUCCGAGUCCCGUCCCACUACGCUGAUACCAGUGGUACCUCCGGUCGACUACGACGAUCCAGAUUCUGGUACCGGUGGUUCUGAUAGUGACAUGCAAAGGCUCGACGAGUAUAUGUCCGCAUUCCAAGCACGUCGAGUAGACGGUAGGGCGCUUAUGAAUUGCGAUCGUACAGCUUUUACGCAGUUAGGCGUUACUCGAAUCGCUCAUCGUCAGAAGAUGGAGGCAUCGCUUCGACGGUAUAUGGGCAAUAUGUAA